AACUGUUCGGACUUCUCGUUUUUUUUUGUGUUAAAAAGCCACGGUUUUAAGGUAUAGCAGCGGGUUUUGUACUCUGGCUUUUUUUCACCAAUGAGUCCACCAGGUUUUCGUGUUUGUUAUUUAUGCGGACGGGAGUUCGGUUCAAAAUCGUUAACCUUUCACGAGCCAAAGUGUUUGGAAAAGUGGCACUUCGAAAAUCAAAAACUGCCCCCAAAUUUGAGAAGAAAACCUCCAAAGAAACCAGAACUACUGCCAUCAAUUCCCAACACUGGAUCUAAGAAAAGCCAUCAAUCUGCUAUAUCUGAAUACAAUGAAUCUGCCUGGCAAUCUGCACAGUCCCAGCUUAUCCCAUGUGAAAGAUGUGGAAGAACGUUUCUGCCUGAUCGACUAAUAGUUCAUUCAAGAAGCUGCAAAGGUGUGGUCAGACCUUCGACUGUGGUUUAUAACAAGAGAGCAAAACCAAACAAAGAAAGCUUGAAUCAUCCUGUCGUAACCUCUGAAAACACUUUCGAAUCACUGGACGCAUUCUACAAAGGAAAUGUUGGCAUUUCUACUAAAAAUGGCACAAACUCUCAACAUUUAAAAGACCCUAUGAAAGUUAAUAGUGGUUCAGCUUCAUUAAAAAGGUCCAUCACCCCAUCAGAGAAAAAUAAACUUUCUUUUAAGAAAGAAAACAGCACAUAUUCUCAUAAAACUGAAAAUAAAACCAGUGUUAGAACGCAGAGAAAUCGAACUCCAAACUGGAACAAAACUGAUCAAAAAUCCUACACUCCAACGCAGUAUGAAACAAGUAUGCCAAAUAUUAAACUCUCAAUAAAUGAACCAAGAAAAUCGACAAUAAGAAUUAAAAGAUUGGAAACAAGUUCUGUGCCUCAAGGACACAUGCAACCACACCCACCAAGGGCUGUGGAUAAAACAAGACAAUCUAUGCCAACUGGCAGGGCUAGCAGAGGACCAAGUAGACAAGGUAGAGAAACAUCUUCUACAAAUAUAUCGUUAUCUCGCCCCACCACACGUACAAUGCAUCGACAUGAGAAAACAGAGGUUGAGAAUUACAAAUUAGAUACAACGCCAAAAGCAUCUGAUAUUGAAGUUACUUAUGAGAGUAUUUCAGAAAGUUCAGCGAAUUCUUACCCAAAACUGCAACGAAAAUCAACUUAUGAAGUUGAUAAAAUGACAUCUGCCAUUAGCGAAAAAUCCUCUCAUCCGGGAGCAAGUUUGCUCCCAUCGAGAUCCCGCUUUGCUCCAAGUCCAAACCGUCUCCGGACUUCAUCCAGCAGAAGUUUGCAUCCAGACCGAGAAAGUUUGGUCAUGAAACCGGUUACUCCAAGUUUGAGGCUUUCUAAACAAAGGAACACAGCACCUGUAGAACCAACUGCCAGAAAAUCAACAGUGAAAAUGAGAGCGCCACCAUUUGUGAUCUGUUACAUUUGUGGGCGCAAAUAUGGCAGCCAGUCAAUUAUCAUUCAUGAACCACAAUGCUUGGAAAAAUGGAGGGCCGAGAAUAAAAGGCUUUCUAAACGACUGAGAAGACCCGAACCUAAAAAGCCUGAGAUCCGUCCAAUAACAGCUAAUGGUAAUUACAAUUUUGAAGAAGCUAACAAUGCAGCUUGGGAAGCCUCCCAACAGCAGUUAGUUCCAUGCCAACUUUGUGGUCGUACUUUUCUGCCAGACAGACUGCUUGUGCAUGAGCGGUCAUGCAAAGGGAAAAGAUAAAAAUAAAGAUUUCAAAUUUUUAGGUCCUUAUUUUGAUAUUUACUUUUCACAAUUGCAGUUUUAUUAACUCAGUGUACUAUAGACUAUACCUGCAUUUUAGUUUAAUAACACUUAAUUUUGUAAAAGCAUAAAUAGACCACAACAAAAAUGAGCCACAGUUUAGCGAUAACAUUUUAUUUUUUUACUAAAUCAGUUUAUUUUGCAUGAAUUUUCAGUGUUUCUUGAUUGAAUUGCAAUAGUUGUAUUCAGUAUUAAACUGUCACUGUUUCAAUAUUUGCACAUAGAUAAAUAAAAAG